UGAAGGUUGUCACUCGACCAUCUGAUCGAAUUGCGUAUUUACAAAAUUAUGUUGCUCUCUCUCCCAUUGUCUUAAUUUUAAUAAUUCAAUGUUAACGACCAAUUAAGUCUACUCAGCUCUCAGCUUCGACAAACAUUCACAUAAUCUCCGCAAAAUUGACAAAAUGGACAACUUAAAGUAGAUUGUAUAUGGUAACGUACAACGUUGGUACAACGAGCCCCGACCAAGACUUACACGAUCUCCUUUCGCUAAAUCCCAAUGCAAAGAAUGAGAAGUCGCUACCGGACUUCUACGUUGUGUCGUUGCAGGAGGUCAAAUCGAAACCGGCCAACAUGCUGAUGGACUCCCUCUUUAACGACUCGUGGACCAACUCGACCUGCAACAUUCUCGCGGCACGCGACUACGUCAAGUUAAAGACGAUCCGGCUGCAGGGAUUGGUUCUGAGCGUUUACAGCCUUCGAAAACACCUGUUCAAUGUGCGAGAGAUCGAAUCCGAGUACACGAGGACUGGCCUGUCUGGAAUGUGGGGCAAUAAGGGUGCGGUUAGUGUACGAUUGGGCGCGUACGGCUGCUCGCUGUGCUUCGUCAACUCGCAUCUCGCGGCGCACGAUGAGGGAUUAGACGACCGUGUCGAGGAUUACAACGCGAUCAUCAAGGAUCAGGAGUUUCACGUGCCCGAACACACGGAAAUUUUCUUUCACGAUUACGUAUUUUGGAUGGGCGACUUAAACUUUCGUCUGAUGGAGCAGUACGAAAUGGCGCCGGACGAGAUCGAGCGUCUCAUUAAGAAGGGCGAGUUGGAGAAGCUUUUCGCAUACGAUCAGUUGCGGCACGUGAUGUCCACGGGUAAGGCUUUUAGUGAGCUGACGGAGGCCGACCCGAAAUUCGCACCUACCUUCAAGUUUGGCGUAGGAAGCGACGAUUACGAUCACAAGAGACGCCCGGCUUGGACGGAUCGUAUCCUGUACAAGGUGAACUCGAACAAUUAUGAGAACGUCACCUUAAAACUUGAACAGAAAUCGUACGUGUGUCACGGACAGUACACGGUCAGCGAUCAUCGACCAGUGUCCGCUGAAUUCGUGAUAAAGAUUCCCGACUUAAAUGUACGUGUGGAUGCGCAGGUAUUCUCUGAAAACCUGGACGAGUCUGUGCAGUUUGAAAAGAUACCCGUUUGGUAUCUGGAUGAAGAGAACAUCGCAACUUACAAAUUCACGAAGGAUACGCUUAAGAAUAAAGAUGAUUGGAUUGGCGUCUUUAGGGAGAACUUCAACGCUUUGGACGACUACGUCGUGUACGAGUACGUGAAUAAAUCGUCCAGUCCGUUACCGGCAAGUAAAAGUCCCCAUCGCGGUACGCACCACGAAGGACUGAGGUACACGUUAACGUUCCCCGAACUUCCAUUGGGGCGGUCGUGUUCGGCGGUGCAGCUGAUUUAUUUUAGUUUAACCGAAGAUAAUGUACAAACGGUUCUGGGUAUUAGCGAUCCGAUUCCACUUAAAAAAAAGGAUUAACCGGCAAUAAGCUAACUCUCUAAACACCAAUCUCACCUUUCCAGUAUUUCUAGGCGCAGAAAUGUUGCAGUUGGAAACAUAUUUUUUUAAUGCUAUUUGUCUGUACGGUACAAAGGUGUAGCUAAAUAUUAAACUAGGCAAAUGUUUUAAGUCUUGUUAGGUGUUUCACCUUUUUAAUUUAUGAGAGUUUGUGGCCUAUACAGCACACAGCUUUAACUAUUGUUGAUGCAAAUAUUUCCAUGUUGUUGAUUAUAUGAAUGUUAGAAAUAAAUAUAAUGUUGUUAAUGCACAA